GAAUAAAAUGGAGGCGGCCCCGCCUGUGGUGCGAGAAGCGGAGCCGCGGCCACGCCCCGGCGCACUCUCGACGUUGCCAUAGCGACGGCUGAGGGGCGGUGGCCGCGCCUCUCCUCGCCCGCUAUCAUUUGAGGUUUUUUUUCGCCCUCAAAACGAAGCGCGGCGGGGAAAAGGGCUCCGUGCUCGUGAGUCGCCGUUCCGGGACAAAACGGCGUGGGCGGCACCGCCUUUCCCGCUCUCGCCGUGAGGCCUCAGGCCGCCGCCGCUCCCAGGCACAAAAUGGCCGCCGCGGCGAGAGGGCGUGAGAGCGGGCGGGGCGGGGCGGGGCGACAACUCUCGCGAGAUUUCGAGCGUAUCGCCCUAUCUCCUCGCGUGGGCGGCGCCGAGAUCUCGCGAGAGCUCGCGCCGCCGGCGGGAACAUCAUGGCGUCGACGUUGACGGCGGCGCGGCGGCGCCUGAUGCGGGCCGCGCUACGGCCGCGCGCGGUGUGGAUUCCUCGGGCCGGGAUUUCCCACGCGGCCGAACGGCUCCACCUCCCCUCUCAACGCAGCAUCCCCCCCCCGGCCAAGUACGGGGGGCGUCACACGGUGACGCUGAUCCCGGGCGACGGCAUCGGCCCCGAGCUGAUGCUGCACGUCAAGGAGGUCUUCAGGCACGCCUGCGUUCCCGUGGAUUUUGAGGAGGUUCGGGUGAAUUCGGAGGCUCCCGAGGACGACGUGCAGAACGCCAUCACGGCCAUCCGGCGCAACGGCGUGGCGCUCAAGGGGAACAUCGACAACCACAACCUCCCCCCGAGCCACAAAUCCCGCAACAACCUCAUCCGGUUCGGCCCUUCAUUUGCAUAUUCUGGGACUCAUUUGCAUGGCAUAUUUGGGGCUGAUUUACAUAUUUUGGGCGCUGUCAUCCUCAUCGUCAGGGAGAACACCGAGGGCGAGUACAGCUCCCUGGAGCACGAGAGCGUGGCGGGCGUGGUCGAGAGCCUCAAGAUCAUCAGCGGGCGCUCGCGGCGCAUCGCUCACUACGCCUUCGGGCUGGCGCGCGCCGCCGCGCGUCGCUGCGUCACCGCCGUGCACAAAGCCAACAUCAUGAAGUUGGGGGAUGGGCUGUUCCUGCAGUGCUGUCAGGAGGUGGCGGCCGAGUACCCCGAGAUCACUUUCCGCAGCAUGAUCGUGGACAACACCACCAUGCAGCUGGUGUCGCGGCCGCAGCAGUUUGAUGUGAUGGUGAUGCCGAAUCUCUACGGGAACAUCGUCAACAACGUCUGCGCGGGGCUGGUCGGGGGCCCGGGGCUCGUCCCCGGCGCCAACUACGGCCACGACUACGCCGUGUUCGAAACCGCCACACGGAACACCGGUAAAAGCAUCGCCAACCGCAACAUCGCCAACCCCACGGCGGCGCUGCUGGCGGCCUGCAUGAUGCUGGAUCACCUCAGGCUCCAUGGCCACGCCUCCACCAUCCGCCAGGCCGUGCUGGCCUCGCUGGAUGACCCCCGGACGCACACGCCCGACAUCGGCGGCCAGGGCACGACGUCGGGAGCGGUUCAGAGCAUCAUCUCCCACCUGCCCCGCUCCUGAGACCCCCGGGACCCCCC